AUGUCUGCUCCUCGGAAACCAUGGGAAGGAGCAGUAGUAAACACAAGGUCUAGUGUAGUGCCGUUUGAUUCUCCAUCUCGCCUUCCAUUAGGAGCUGGACCCCCUAGACUGAAUGCACUUCGCGAUCGUGACUUAGGCAAAAUGGCGAGUUCAACUUCGGAGUCAAGAAAACCUCCACCGUUGCCACCAAGACCUCAAACACAGAGAUCAAAUGGGGGAUUAAUGUAUGGAGGGUCAAGAUACGGUAAAUAUCUUCCACUUCAAUGCAAACAAUAAUAUCAAGAAGUUUCCAUUACAAUAGUUGCACCAUAAUUGUACUUUGACGUCACUUAAUCUUUGAGAAGCACUCUUUAACUCCUAAUAUAUAGUGGCCAAUGAAGAAUAUUGUCAAAAUACCAAGUUUCUUUUUUUAAAAAAAAUCAUAAACCAUAAUCAGAAAUAUAAGGUGCUACACGUUCAUGUGAUUGGUUUGACCGAGAGGGCCUGAAAAGACGCCGUACAGGGACUUAUACAGGGACAAGGCAAGUGAUUGGUGACAUCAUGGUAUUUCCUCCACGACUACUGCUGCAGAAGUUGUAAUGUCAGUCUAGGAGAAACAGUUUUUUCAGUCAAAAAUGGGGUAUGACAGUAUUAAAAUGAAUGUAUUUUUUGUAAACAAUUAUUAUUGACAUUUUGUUUUUAGAAAAUUAACUUAUGUUAAAUAAAAAUUUUGAAUUUCAGGUUAUGGAAGUGGUAUGUAUGGAGGCUAUAGCGGGAUGUAUGGUGGUGGAUUUGGGGGUGAGUAUAACUAGUAUUGUUGGUAGUUCUUCAUAACCAGCUACUGUUAACCAAAUAAAUUGAAAGACAUUUUACCCUUUAACCGGCAAAGUUCUUGACAGGAAUUUUAUUUCUGGGAUAAAUAUGCUCGUAUUUUGACUUCAACUUCUGUGUUUCAAUUCCUAACCCCCAUAACCUAUGUAGCAAAAUGUUCAGCACAAAACAGCCCAUCAAGACUUGAUGAUUCACUUAGUGAACAAGCCUGUAAAUAGAAAUGUUUUAAUCCAAUUUCUUUUGUGAUUUUUUUCAAUUUCAAACUUGAAUGUGACUACUGGAGAAAAAUUGCUGCUUUCUUCAUAGCAACUAGCCAUUACAAUGCAAAAAACAGUCUCAAUACCACUGCUAACCAUACUGCUUCAGAUUCCCAGCUUUUGUUUGCUUGUUAACCUUUUUUGGCCGCAAAGAAAGUCUCAUUUCUAUAGUUGAUUGAAAAAGAUGAAAAAUUCAAGGAAUUUGUCUUGACAAAAUUGCUCAAAGUAGCAGAAACAAACGCCAAACACCACUCGAUAGAAGAAACACUUUGGGCUUCAUGUAAAACACAAUGAAUCAUCCAAGGGCCUGAUCUACUGCCCUCCAGAUCCCCCAAACCAAGAGAUGCUCCGAUCGUACAUAUAUAUAGGAUUGCCAGGUAAAGGGUUAAGGAUAUCAAUACAAUUGGUGUCAGUUGUACAGAUAUCAAAAGAAAACAGGGAAGUAGAAGGUGCAGUUGCUCAGCUGUUUAGGAAGAGCUGGAGAAAAGGGAGGAAGACCAAACUACUAUCUAAAAUCAUAGCAAGAAUUAUUAGCAAAAAUACCAGUCAAUGGAUGACAACUGCUAUUUAUGAAAUUAUGAAUAAGCUGGUUCCAAAUAUCAUGGAGAUGGCAACAUUUUUAUGUAUGCAAAUUACAGACAAAUUAUUUAAAUUCUUAAACAAUUCAUUUGGAUCAAAAGCUGUUUUUUAAGCUGAUCUGAGGAAGUUUAUUAUUAUUAUUAUUAUUAUUAUUAUUAUUAUUACAAUAAAUUAGUGAAGCAAGUAAUUAAAAAACUAAUGCUGUUAUUAACUAAUAAAUAAUGAUUAACUGAUUAUUAAUCCUGCUUGUUGAAAAAUUUUUUGGCUUUGUUAAAGUGACUCUAAGGCUAGCAUGUGUCAGCAGUAAAGCAACCUUCUUUGCAUUUUCAUUAAGGUGUAAAUGUAAGAUGAUUGCAUCUCACAGUACCUUGGGUUCCAGAGGAUAUAUUUUUUUUUCAAUACUGAUGGUUCACAGCGAAUCCACAUGAAUGAGGCGCAAAGUGUCGAGAGAAAAAAAUAACCCCAGGUCACAGGAGCUAUGAGUCUCAUUUCCUUGCCAUUAUUUUUUCGGAUUAUGUAUCUCAUCAAACCGGUUUGGAGCUGAUGUGCAUGUUUGUUUUCAUUGAUGCUGACAGCUGAUUUUGAUCGUACGUGACUCUGCGUCUGAUCUGCAAUGCGUGAAAAAAGAAUUGCAUGAAAACUUACUUAGAAAGGAUACUUCUAUUUAUUUAAAAAUUGUCACAAAUUGUUUUCCAAAAAAUAGACUUCAAGUUUUAAGUAAAUAAAUAGGACAGGGGUCAGCUGAGAAGUACCCACUCUUUAUGUUUUUAGAAGUCAACAGGAUAAAAAGAAUUUCUGGUCCGCGACUCUUGUAUUACUGUACCAGGUCAAACUAAAUAUUGCCAGGCAAAACGGCCAUGCCAAAUAAAACAUCAUUCUGCUACAUUUUUUAGCCAAUAAACCGUGCCACGAACUAUCAGGAAUUGGGAAAAAAGAAAAACCUUUUGCACCCAGGGUACUAUCUGUGGAAAUGCAGAACUGAGCCUAGCAAUACAAAGCAUAGCCGGAAAUCCAGGAAAUCAUCACAUUCAUUCAAACGAUGUCCUUUGGUAGGAAAAAUUCAAACAAAGCUUCUUCCUCGAGGAACGUUGAUUCAGUUGUUGGAUAUUCUGUUAAAUUAUUUCAAAGUUUAGCCAGAGAUUGCUUAGCCACACUUCCAAAAGAAAACGUGAAAGCCGGGGUCUCCGAAUAACAACGCGGGAUUAUAUUGUUUGUUAUGAACAUUGCAAUAAUUGUAACUGGUUUUUAAUCUCAUGCAAUGAAGAUUUUCAACACAGCCAAUCAAGUUCACUGUUACAGCGUUAAUUCCCUGCCGAAGUGGGAGUAACCAAUCGGUGACCCAGUUCAGAUUCUGAACUGAUUUCUUGCAUGGAAAUGAGGUUGCUUGCAUGUGUGACCAGAGGUCCGACUUGGGAGCCUUAUCAAACCGAAAGCACAAUUUAUUUCAUAUUAGGUAUUUUGAGAAUGGACUUCUGAAGCCGGGGACUCACAGUAACAUAACUAAUAAACAUUGAUGUUAUUAUACCUCAUAAAUAGUGCAGUACUGUAAUAAGAAAAGAUAAUCCAUACAUUAUCUAUUUCUUUGAGCAGCUGUUUAACUUUGAGAACCAUGUAAUAUUAAUAAUAAUUAAAAAUUAAAAAAAUUGAAUAAACUUUGUUUUAUUGCCUUUCCUCUCCAGGCUAUGGAAUGUAUGGAGGAGGCUAUGGAGGUUAUGGUAGUUAUGGCAGCUAUGGAAUGGGUAUUAAUCGAUUUGGAAGCCCAUUGAACCAAUCAGGCUCAAGCUCAUUUGUGGGACGUGCAGAGGAGAGCAGCAGGGCAGCAUUUCAGUCCAUAGAGUCAAUAGUUCAGGCUUUUGGCUCGGUAGCCAUGAUGCUAGAAUCAACUCACUUUGCCAUGCAUAAUACAUUUCUUGCUGUUUUGAGCAUGGCAGACCAUUUUAGUAGACUCCGCACUCAUUUGGUUAGUGUACUUGGAGCGUUUACCUUAUUUAAAGCCAUUCGUUACAUUUUUAGAAAGAUCCAUGCCUUAUUAGGUUUUACGCAAAAUCAUGGAUUGGAAGAAGAGUUGUGGGAUAAAGCAAAAACAGCAGUUGUUCCAUCCAGUGGUCAAGGUGGCAGUGAUUCUAAAAAGGCAUUAUCAUGGCCCAUUUUGUUAUUUUUUGGGGUUGUUCUUGGUACUCCUCUCAUCAUAUGGAAGCUUUUACAGUCACUUAUGAAUGAUGAAUCUAACACAAAAGACUGGAAAACAGGUAAUUAUAAGCCUUUUAUGGUAUUAAUAACAAAAUCUUUGUGAAAUAUCACUGCAAUAAUGAAACAUCAUGAGUGUUAGGUUCACUUCAAAUAUGGCUGGAUGCAAUGGUACGUUGCCCCAAUAUACAAUUGCGAACAAAGUUUCCAGGCAGCUGAGGCACAGCCUACAAUCCCAGACAAGAGUAGUUUGGAAGGUUGUACAACUCAAUGUAGUUUAUUUCAAUUAUGUUCAAAAAGAUGGUCCCCCCCACUAAUUCAAUGGGGUAUAACAGAACACUUUUGCACGCAAACACUUAUGUCUUUGUGCAACGUUGGGCAUGGGUGGGCGGGGGAAGAAGGGAAGAAGAGGUAAAACGUAGCAUAAAUGAACUCAAGUAAAUGGUGAAAGAGUACUUAAUAAAAUGUCAUAUACUUUUUGAGGAAUAUCUGCAAAACAAAUUCUGUUUAUAUUAAUUUUUUGAAACCAUGCUGAGAAACAGGAAAAUGUUUUGAAGAACUCCAUGAGGUAGUAAGAUGUUUAAGAAGGAUAAUAAAAAACCUGUUGAAUAUGGCUUUUGCAGAUAUGCAGAUCUUGGACUGAGGUUGCUAUCCUCAACCCAUAAUUCUUUACAUCGUACUCAGUUAAUGUUUUUAAAUUCGUGAUCAUCAAAAUUAAUUUUACCAUUGUUACCAUUCUGCAGGGGAAGGAGAUCAUGUGAUUGCAAGAGCAGAGUAUGACUUUGAUGGUGAAGGAGAAGAUGAAUUAUCUUUCCGUACUGGCAACAUUCUGCGACUUGCUCCCAAGGGCAAACAGCCGCGUAUCAGAGGAUGGCUUCUUGGUACAGUUGAUGGUGCUACUGAAGGCAUUGUUCCUGCUAAUUAUGUCAAGGUUGUCUAGGCCUUUGCAUUUUAUCAAUAAUAUUCUCUCUGUAGACCCUGUGUAACUUAAAAGUGUUGUUGAAAUAUCACAGGGAUUUUUCUAAGUAACCUAUUCCUUUUCAUAUGUGUUGAUUUAUAAAGAAAGUUGAGGCCCACAGCCUAUUUUUUCUCCUGCAUCUUUAUAAUAUUAUGUUGUACCCUGGUUCCAGAGGUUUUUCCCAGGGUGCAAAUUGAUGAGAGAAUAAUUCUUUGUUCCUCCUUUCCCCACUUUGCAUCUUGCUGCUAUCACUAUGUGGUUCAAUUGAGGAGAAAAAGACAGAUUUAAAGAAAACCUGGGACCGGGGUACAAUUACUUCAAAAUAACACCCAUGACAUGAUUUUUUUCUCAGCUUUUUGCACACAAAAAACCACAUUCAUUUCCAAUUUAUAGUUUUCAUGACACUUUAAUUUAUUGUAUUUUGAGGAAAAAAAGGAAACGAAUACAGAAAAAGUUAAAAUUGUGGAAAAUUUCAUGUAUCAUUAACUGUCCUCUAAGGACGACUUCUGUAAGACAGACACAACCUUGGUAUGGACUCUACAGAGUCCAUAGGACAAGAUUAACUAUAGCACAGGUAGCCCAAGCUCAAAAUAUGAACAUCAGCAUUGUUGUAUAACUUUCAAAAAGUAUAAGAAUUUGUAUAAUGAGGAAAAUGAUUGUUUCUGUAACAAUUAAUUGAAAAUCGGGUUAAUCAACUUACCAAAUGAAAGAAACACAAACUUAUAGUGAGGUUAGGUGAUUUACAUGUAUAUUUAAAUCCUUCAUUCAUAGCUUACAGAAACAAUCCUUUUUUCCUGAUACACACCAAUCACAUCCCUCAAAACAAAGAAAUAAGAAAGGAAAUUUUUGAACUAAAUGUCAGUGUAGCAUGGUUUCAUGACUUUAUAUAGAAACAAAAACUUUUAGAAGAGUGUUGUGUGUACAAAUGACCUGUCAAAAUCAAAUCAACUUGCUUGCAUGUUUUUCGAUUUGGAAAGGUUAUUUGCAUAUGAUGAACACGUUUAUUGGCCAAUCAGAGAUGGUUUUUUUCAGAUUCUUCCAGAGGUUAGCGAUCCUUAGUGCUGACCAAAAGGAUCGCAGCCCCUGGGAAAGGGAUUGGAUGCACACCCAUAUAUUUCAAAGGUUAUGCAACCGUGCCCAUGCUCUGCAUAUUUUGAGCUAAGGCAACCUGUAACUAUAGUGUCUGUCUUAAAGUCGAUUGCCUUAUAAGUAUUUCAAUUGCCUUAGUAUGACUGGGUUUUCUUUUGUUUCUAGAAGAUGCUUAUUUACAUGCUUACUUUGAGCCUCUUGUUCUGACAGAUUUUAGGUCUUCGUCGUGGUAAAAAGAAACCAAAAGAUAGCAAGGAGGAAAGCAGAAAAGAAGUAUCAUCAACAUCAAAAAAAGACCAAACAAGGAGUUCUGAACCUAGUAUGGAUCAGGAAUUUGACACUAUAACAGAGAAAACAGAUGGAAACAGUUUGAUACCUUCGCAGAACUUACUCACUGAGGAGUCUUCAAUUGAGAGAACUCUUGUAGAUGAUGAUCUUUUAGAUACUGACUUUUCAAGUUUUAAUGAAGGACAAACCUAA